AUGUCUACUCAUGAUAUUCAGAUUAUAACAACUUCACGACCACUCUUUCCACCACCAAUCACUCCUGCUGAACUUAAAGCUGCUUAUGCCGUUUAUCGUAAACAGUUGAUCGCUGAUAAUAACCUUCCACCUUUGCGCUUAUUUUCGCAUAUGGCAAGUCUCUCUUAUAGUCGGGAACCCAGACAUGUUAAGAUUGCUUAUGUCCAUUUAUCUACUUCAUUGCGUUCUAUGCAAUAA